AUGUCGAAAAUCUUGAGAAGGAUGGUUGACAAGAAUUGCGUGCCGACAUGGAUGAUAGUCGACAACCACAACGUGUUUCAGGACUUAACUGAUUCUCUAGAAUUUGAGUGUCAAACUGAGAUGAUGUACGACACGUUGGCCAGAUAUCAACAAGAGUUCAUGGGGAAGUUUGAAGUAGUUAUUACAACGUGGUGCAAUGGCAUGUCAUCAUAUACUCAACUAAAUGUAUCCUCAAUGAGGAGGUGUGCACCUCCUUUUCCUAGUGUUGUAACUAAGAGUUCGAAGAACACGGACCGGUCCAAAUUUGAUGAUAAGAUUAAGAAACAGAUGAUGGAUGCACUUAGAGUGAGAGACCAAGGAAUAAAUAUAAUUGGAUUAUGCGGGCCACAUAAAAUGGUUGAAGCUUUUGUAAAAACGGUUAUAAGAAAAGCUGAGAGGGAUCAAUUGUUCGAAAAAAUUGUCACAGCAACUGUGACAAUGAAGUCUUACAUUACAAAUAUCCAAACGCAAAUUGGUGAUGCAAUAGGUCUCAAUUUUGACGAUAAGACCGACCUAGCUGAAUCAACUUGUUGCACGUGUGUCGGUUAUAGUAAAAGAAUGAGAACUGCAGAAAGAGCUCAUCUUCUGUGUGCUAAGUUGAAGGAGCUGCAAUCAGUCCUAGUUGUACUGUAUGAUCUUCAUGGCAGACUUGAUUUAGGUGAGAUUGGUAUCCCCUUUGGCGAAGAUCAUAAUGGUUGCAAGAUUUUGUUGGCAUCUACAAACUUGGAGGUUUUAUCCAAAGAAAUGAAGGUUCAUAAGUUGAUACAAUUAUCAGAGACAUGACAUCAUUAUUUUCCAAAGAAGUAGAGAUGAUGAAAAUUUGAAGUACAAAGAUGCACAUCAUUUGGAAAACACCAUGGUUGAGAGA